AUGAGGGCCGCGCGCGGGUCUCCGCGCCUCGCAGCCGGGCUGACGUGGCUCGCGCUGUGGGCGGCGUGGACGGUCGCGUCUUUCCCGGGGCCUCGGACGCACCCUUUGGGACCGGUGGUGGGAUCGUCGUGGUGGAAUGGCCCAUCCAGCCUCCUGCCGGUCGCCGCCGCCGCGGAUGCGACGCCUGGGGACGCCGGCGCGGGGGGGCUCGGGACGACGAUCCCGUCGCAUCCCGGUGCGCCCGGGGGGGCGGGGGUGGAGGACCAAACGAAGGCGGGAUCCGCCGCGGCGCCGACGUCGCCUUCCUCGGCGCCCCGGUCGGGUGCCCAAACGGAAGAUCCCGUCGCGACGCCCACGGCGGGGGAGCCGACGGGCGCGCCGCCAGCGGCGUCGUCCGACGACCAUCAGGCGACCGUGACGAUGGUAUCGACGUCCGAUCCGGCCGCGUCCAAGCCUGUCCGGGAAGCGGAUCCCAUCGCGGAGCUCGCGGCGUCGUGCGCCAUCGAGAACUCGUUCAGCCACGACGUGCUCCGGCAGUCCAACGUCACGCUCGCCGCCCUCGGCGGCGACGCCGGCGCCGGAGGAGGGCGGGAACGGAUGGUGUGCACGACGGACGCGGAGAAGGGAUCCGCAGCGUUCGCGGCGGCCGAGGACGCGCGGCUCCGCCGGGAGAAGGAGGCGCGCAAGGCCAAGGAGCGGGAGGCCAAGGAGAAGGCCAAGAUCCCGUCGCUGAAAGACUUCAAGUCGGACAUUGCCGCCAAGGUGAGCGCCGCGAAGGCGGCCAAGGAGGAACCCAAGGAGCACAAGGAGCCCCAAAAGGACAAGGAUAAGGAGCACAAGGAGGGACACGCGACGUCUAUAGAGCCAAACGUUUCGGAUCAGAACGCAACCGGGACGGACCGAGCAGACGCCGCCGGCGAGCCGCCCGCUCCCUCGCCGGGGACCGACGCCGACGUUAACGCGGAGGGUAACGCGAACCGCACGGGUUCCGACGUCGCGGGUUCGAUCUCCGGCGACGCCAACUCCACGGCGACGACGGAGGAGGAGAGGGAGAGGAGGGCGGGGGCGCCGGGGACGGGGGCGCCGAAAGGGGCGGGGUCGGCGAAAGGGGCGGCGUCGGCGGCUGAGGAAAAUCGAGGCGAGCGUCGGGGCGGCGGGGACGAAAAGGCGGGCGGGGAGCCCGCGUCGGAGCCCGAGCGCGACGAUGCCGCGCCCGACGCCGACGCCGUCGCGGGUGCCGCCGCGGGUGCCCGCUCUUCGGCCGAACCCGCCCAUCCGGGCGCGGCGGAGGAGGACGAGGGCGGCGGCGGAGGAGGAAAGAUUGAGGCGAGGUCGGAGCCGCCCGCGGCGCCGGCGACCUCGGCGACCUCGGCACCCUCGGCACCCUCGGCACCCUCGGCGACCCCGGAGGAUCAGCCCGCGGCGGCACCCGCGGCGGCACCCGCGGCGGGCGCGACCGACGGCGACCCGGCCGUCGCUUCUGCUCCCGCCGCUGCUCCCGCCGCCGCCGCCGCCGAGGAGGAGGACCCUUGGAUAAUGCCCGCGUCCGCCGCGGAGGGGGAGGCGUUUAUCCGGCAGUACAACUAUGCGAGUUACGCGAACGGCGCGCGCGUCGUGAGCUCCAAUCCGGAGUCAAAAUCGGCGGGCGCUGCGCUCAAGGAGGACAUGGACUCGUACUACCUCACGCCUUGCGCCGCCAAGAACGGCAGGUGGCUCACCGUGGAGCUCUCGGAGGAGGCGGCGGUGACGGCGGUGACGCUCGCAAACUACGAGUUCCACUCCUCGGGGGUGCGAGAGUUUGAGGUGUGGGCGAGCGCGGCCGGGGCGCACGACCGCGAGGAGGACUGGCGCAGGCUCGGCCGGUGCCGCGCGCGAGACGGGAGGGACGUGCAGACGUUCGUGCUGCCGAGGGGGCACUGGAGCAAGUACGUCCGGGUGAGCAUGACGUCCCACUACGGCCGGCACCACUUCUGCACCCUGUCGCUGCUGAGGGUCCACGGCAAGGACGCGAAGCAGACGCUGGAGGAAGAGAUGGAGGCGAUCAACAGGGAGGUUGCCGAGGUUGAGGAGAUUCUCAACGCCGGGGACGAUUACGAGCCGGCUGGUGAGGCGGUUCAAUCGGGCGGCGGAAGCGGCGACGACGACAAACCCGCGGCGGAGGACGAGGUACAGGUGGCAGACACCGAUUCGCCGUCGGAGCCGGGGGCGGCGCCCGAACCCCCGAUCGAGCCCUCGAUCGGCACCCCCGACGGCACCCCGACGGCACCCCCGACGGAGCUUCCCGCCGACGCGGGGCCGGGGGCGACGUCGGAGGCGAAGCCGCCGGGGGAGAGCGACUCGGCCGGCGCGGACGCGUCGGCGGCUGCGGAUGAUAAAAAAGAGGGGUUCUUCAAGUCAUGGUUCGGGAAGGAGAAGGAGGCGGCGUCGAAGGAGGAGGCGGCCAAGGAGGCGGCGUCGAAGGAGGAGGCGGCCAAGGAGGAGGCGGCCAAGGAGGCCCGUGACUCGCCGCCCCGCCCGGAUCACGCGCUCACCGACCCCGCGAAGGAGGCGGGUUCAAAGUCCCGAUCCGACGAGGAGAAGGAGGACGACGGGAGCGGAAGCGGCGGGGAGGACACGGUCGGGGUCGAGCCGCCCGCGUCAGCAGAGACCGCCCCGGGAUCUUCGGAACGGUCGUUGUCGUCCGAGGAGGCGAAGACCGCCACGGCCGACGCGAGGGAGGGUGCGGAGCCGGCGGCUGAGACGCCGACGACGCCGCCCGCCGCGGAGGCGGCGGCUCAGCCGAUCCAGCCCACCGCCGAGGAGGCUGCCGCCGCCGCCGCCGCCGCGCAGCAGCAGCAGCAGCAGCCCCCGACGGUCGGCAAGGACGACAAGCCGCUCCCGGCGGUGCCCAAACCGGCCGUUUCCGAGCAGCGGCCGUCGUCCCCCGAGAACGUCUUCUCGCUGAUGGCCAAGAAGAUCAAAUCCCUGGAGCUCAACCAGUCCAUGUUCGACCGCUACAUCGAGUCGCUCUCCGCGAGCUACGGCGGCAGGUUCGAAGAUAUCGCGCAGGAGGUGAACGACCUGGAGGAGCUCGUCGCCAACCAGACCUCGGCGCUGGUGGAGCUGGACAAGGCUCUGGACAAGGCGACGAGGGGCGCCAAAUCCGACCUCUCCGUCGCCAUCGAACGCGUCGGACGAGAUUGGGCUAAAAACGCUCGAGAGACGGCGGCUGACGUUCGCGACAAACUCGCAUCCGUCGAGCGCAGGUGGGAGCUGUACCUCGGGCUGACGAUGUUCGCGGUGGCGACGGUGCUGGGCGUGGCGGCGUUCGCGUCGGGGGCGCAAGCGGCGCUGGUGCUGUGGCGCGAGGGCGCCGAGCCGAGCGAACGGGCGCGGCUGGCGGCGAAGGUGACGGCGGUGGCGUGCGUCGUCGCCGGGGCGCUGAGUCUCGGGUGCUACUUCGCGGCGGCGUGGCUGGUGUUUGGGAGGAUGGCGACGAGCGUGUGGGCGGCGGGGGUCCAGGCGGCGGGGGCGGCUUUCGGGUACCUGCGGAUGAACCGGCGGACGUGA